GUUUGAAUCGACACGGUCCGUUCUCGCGCCAGGCCCUUGGAUUUCACGAUCGCGCUCUUGUCGUCAUGUCUGGUCGAGGCAAAGCGCGCAAGCCUGCGGGGGGAAAGAAACAUACGAAGUCUACUCGAGCGGGAUUGGUUAUGCCCGUUAGUCGUGUUCACAGGUACCUAAAGAAGGGAAGAUAUGCCAGACGCACUUCCAUUGCUGCAUCUGUGUACAUGUCAGCGGUUAUCGAGUACUUGGUUGCUGAAGUAAACGAGCUCUCCGGAAAUGCGGCGAAGGCUAAUAAAAGGAAAACGAUAACUCCUCGCCACAUCAUGUUGGGCGUUCGUAAUGAUGCCGAACUAAAUGAGCUACUGAAGCAUGUCCACAUCAGCCACGGCGGUGUACUGCCAUGCAUCCAUCCUACGCUUCUGAAGCGCAAGGGUGGCUUGAUAGGUUCACCGGGAUCUGUGGGACCAGGCUUGCCCAAUGCUGUGUCUGCCAGACAGGCAUCUUCUGUUGUCACCUCUGGCAUGGUCGGCAGUUCUUAGACGGAAAUCCAUUCUGCUCCAAACGAAUCACGUCUAUGGAUUUACUGGAUUUGUCGGUAACUGUUCUUUCCGACAUGUGCAAAGACCUCUUUAGUCAGUGUACAUUUCCAUAACUUGUCACUUCCGGGGUAUACCAAUUCUGCUGCAUGCUGUUUUGGUGCACCUACACACCACUUUACCCACAUUUACCUUAUUCCGUAUCCUCGUGUUCGCUUGCUUCACACUGUUCCACUUGAUUAGUUUGCAUUUAACCUGGUUUGAUUGAUGCUUGUUCCUUCCAUUCGAUUUUUGUACAAUUCAGGGAGUUCAUGCAUAGCGUGUUUUUAAAUUUCUACGUUGUACGCGAUCCACACCGACUCUGGUUUUGUCCAGUUACUCGAUUUAAUCUAGCUUCAUUAUCCGUCCAAUUAUUUCGAUAUUGUUGACAUUGUUUCCACUCUGUUCGUAUCCGUUUUGCCGUGCAUCCAUCAUUAUCUUACUGCCGUUUGUACUACCAGUUGGCACAGUGUUCCUAUAUAUUGGCUACCAAUA